AUCAUACACACAGCAAAGCAAAGCAAAGGCUGUUGGGUAAUAAUCAGAGGACAAACAUGGCAGCCUUCCUUCCAAGGGUCUUGUCCUUCGGUAAAAAUACGAAGGCUUUGCUCAGUGGCUUGAGGUUAUCUGCAGCUCCAGCCCAACAAUACAGCGUUCAGGUUUCUAACUAUGGAGAAACAAUUACUCACACGGGACAGGUUUAUGAUGAAAAUGAUGUGAGAAGAGCUAGAUUCAUCGGUAGGCAAAAGGAGGUGAAUGAGAACUUUGCAAUCAACUUGGUUGCUGAGGAACCCGUGACGCACAUAGAGUCCAGAGUGGUGUCCUGUGAUGGAGGCGGAGGGGCUCUCGGCCACCCCAAAGUUUACAUCAACUUGGACAAGGAAACCAAAAUUGGCACGUGUGGAUACUGUGGGCUUCAGUUUAAGCAGAAGCAUCAUCACUGACGAACUGUAUUUUGUCUGUUCGGGCUAUUCAUUAUUCACCUUUAAAGAUAUAGAAUUCUUUGCUCUGUACAAUAAAACAUUACUAUAACUUAAAA